AUGUCAAGUUUUUUUACUGGUAAAGAUGAUUCAGCUGUGGAGGAACUUCUUUCACAAGCUAAAGAUCAAUACGUUCUUGAACAAGUCGCCAAAAUCAACUGUUCAGGCUUCACCGACGACACUGCUCUUCCCACUAAUCCCGAAACCCGUUUACGUCGUCUCAAAUCUCUUCCGGUUUCUCGAACCGACUCGGUUUCGUCUUCCCCGAAGAAACUUCUCUCUCACUCCAAUAGCAUGGCAAGUCACCCUGAGAAGAAGUAUCGUGGAAACGUUUCCUCAGUUUCUUCUUUUUCCAUCCAAGUUGGAAAGUCUUGUCCUUUAGAUUCAUCUGUUGAGGAAACACAGAUUUUCUCGAAAACCAAACGUAAUCAGAGUGUGAAGUCACGAGGUGGGCUUGGAGAAUCUUCAGGUUCUAAGAGAAUUGGUUCGAGUUCAUCGAGAUUUUCUUGUGGAAACGUGUCCUCUACCGGUUCGAGUUCCUCGAGGUUUUCUCGAGAAGGUAACAUCUCGACUGCAACAAAAACCCUGAAGCUUCCAUGCUAA